AUGUUAUGCACUUCAACGACAAGCAUUGGACCAGAGCUGUGGAAGGCUGGAUAUCACGUCAUGUCAAAAAACACUGCAGGAAGGAAUAAGGGAUAUGGGAUCGCGACGAAUGGAUUGAUUCUGGUCAAACUCUCGAAGAAGAUCGAGAAGAACCUACAAGACGUGUGGUACGCCCUUUCCACGACCAUUGUUGUCGUUUGGUUCUCGGCCGCAUUGGCCCUGCAAAAAGAAGUCACUGAGUGCUAUACGUCAAAAUUUGGUAUUCGAAAUGUUGGUGAUAUAUGUGCGAUAACAAUUUUCUAUCGUGAAGGGACCUGUGAUAUUAUUAGCUAUACUUUUUGGACUUCAAAUCGAACCACCCAUAAGAUGGGACACUGUUCGGCCGCUACAGACACGAAGCCAAAAGAGCGCGCUUUUAGAUUUAGAUGCUACUGCGAUUCAGAUCCUUACUGUGCAGGGAAGCCGGCUACGUUCCAUGAAUUUCUCGCACCAAGAAUUUCCAAACCAUCUGAUAAGCAGUACUACUUCCAAUGUCUUCACAACGAUCUUUUAAUUGGUACAUUUCUUCGUGACAUUAAAACAACAGUUAGUGCAAGUACUACAGUGGGAACAAGAUUAACACCACCACCACCACCGCCACCACCGCCACCACCACCACCAACGACAACAACAACGACAACAACAGCAUCAACAACAAGAACAACAAGAACGACGAGAACAACAACAAUAAAAGAAAAACCAUCAACAACGACAACAACAACGACAACGACAACGACAACGACAUCAACAACAAAAACAAGCACAAAUAAAACCUCAAUCUCAGUGAGUGUGAACGAGACCGUAACUGUACCAGGACGCCCGGCUACUACCGAGAGCGCGCAGCCAAAAGUUGUGAAGGGACCCUACUUAAGCGAAGAAGCAAAGGAAUAUCUUCACUGGGCAAUAGAACGAAACCUUAUUUUUCUUCUUGUAGUAGGUUUAGUUAUAUGCAUGUCUGGAUAUUUUUACUAUGGAAAAGAUGCGCCCGAUCUUGCUAUCGCUUCUGCUUCCGUCAUCCGUGAUGGAAAAGAUUCUGAAUAUCCGAAAACGUCCGAGGAGACUGAAGAAUGUUCCGGAGCACCAGGGAGCGGCAAUGGCUCCGGAGAAGGCUCAGGAGAAAACUCUGGAGAAAGCUCAGGAGAAAGCUCUGGAGAAGGCUCAGGAGAAGGCUCCGGAGGAAGCUACGUAGACAGUGGUGAUUGCCCUCCCAACAUGAUCCUAGGAACAUGCAAGCCUAUAUGCCAGCAGGACUGCAAGCUGGAGCCAGCAUGUGACGGGAUCCAGUGUGGUGAAGAGGAAACGUGCUCCUGUAAGGCCGGAUACGUACUCGUAUCGACCUCAAAUCCUGAUCUCGGUUGUGUGAGGACCGAGGAAUGCGGGAAUAUUUGA